AUGAAGUCUGUUAUCGGUCUUGCCCUUCUUUCUGUUGCCUUUGCGGCUCCUCGGGACGGCUCCAACGCUGCCGCUCUCGAGAAGCGCCAGUUCAGCCCAGCUGAUCUUGAUGCCUUCUUUGAUUCGCUCAGCUCUCUCCUCGGUCAGCUGCCCUAUGAGCCUACUCAGACGAUGACGGAUAUCCUUACUUUCUCGACUUCUGUCUCUGGUACUCCCACUGAGGUCACUGUCGCCACUACCACGUCUGAUGCCUUCGAUGAUGGCCUUCCUUUUGCCAAGCGUCAAUCUCCCGGUGACCUUGCCGCUAUCAUCGCUUCUCUCAGCGCUCUCAUUUCUACUACUGCCACCCCCACCGAAGCCAUUGGAUGCGCAACUGAUGUUGUCGAUGUCCCUACUACUGUUAACGGCGUUCCUACCGAGGUUUCCAGCCUUGCUGCUGUUCCUACUGUCGCUCCCAGUGCACCACUUCCCGGUGCUCCCGCUGCCCCCGCUGUCCCUGGAGGAGUUUAA